AUGACGGCCGCUGAGAACGAAAAAGCCGCUCGUGUCAAAUGGGGUAAAACAUCGAAAAUCAAAUCUACUUGGGCUGUUUUUUCGACUUUAGUUCAAGGUGAAUAUUCAAUCGCUGAAGCUCGUGUAGCGUCCGAGUCCGACUUGGCUGCGUCAAUCGUUUUUCAACCGCUCAACGUUGUUGCAAAUGUGAUUUAUCAGCUACGAUACACUCCAAUCGAUCAAACCUCCGAUGAUCCGAUCAUUGAAACGAGAGAGUUAAGAGACGACGAUUUGAGAUGCCCGAAAUUUGGAUGCGAAUGGAAAUGCUUUCUAUUUUUCAAUUUAAAGCGAAGACCAAGGGAUUAUACGUUUGCAGUGCGAGCGAAAGUGGAUGGAGUGUGGAAUAAAUGGAGUCCGGUACAAAGAAGACAAUGGAAUCUUUUGGAAAGACCUUGUUCAAUCAAUCCACCGAGUUCUUUCGUCGAUCAUAUCGGAAAUGGAGAACAUCAACGGAUUUUAGAUUUGAAAUCAGCGAAGAAACCGGACGAUUUGCAAGAUGUUUGGAGAUUUCUGGUUGUCAUCGACAGUCGGCAAUCGAAUAUCGCUACUAUGGAUCUCACGAAGUUGGCGGAUAAAGCUACAGCUGAUUUCGAUCAUAUUCCGUAUUAUAUUACUGCUUCGUUGACUCCUGAAGAAGUCGAUACAGUUGAGGAGUUUAGAUUAGGUGACGGAAAAGUACACGGCGGUUACUUAAACUAUCCGCUUGAUGACGCAAGCUUUAAUCCGCAAUACACUUUGAUUCCGAUGAGUCAACAAGAGAAUGAGAUCAUGGAGCCCCGGUUGAGGAGUUGCGGAUUCACCGAGCAAGGCAUUUUCGAGUGUGACAUGGGAAUGUUCGAGGUUCUUUCGUAUAUCCCCGAUUGGGCAAAAGCGGCACUCGCAUUGAUGAUCGCUCUUUUGGUGGCUUUUUGCUGUUUGGGCGCGUUGUGUUGCGUGUGGAAGAGCAGAAAAAAUCAGGGAAAAACCCGGGAGUCUUCACUUUUGUACUAUCGAAGUUCAAGCCCUCACCAUAGUGUGGCCACGCAUGAAUAUAGACGAGUCGAGCAACGCGAUUUCUCCCUGGCCGACACUGAAUCUCGGCGUCUUUUCCGCCUCGCCGACUACGCUGAAGAGAAAUUG